AUGCUUGUACCUUACCCGACGUUCGUACCUGACCAGACGCUCGUACCUGACCCGACGCUAAUAUCUGACCCGAUGCUCGUACCUGACCUGACGCUUGUAACUGACCCGACGCUUGUGCCUGACCCGACGCUUGUACCUGACAUGACACUUGUACCUGACCCGAUGGUUGUAUCUGACCCGACGCAUGUACCUGACCCGACGCUCAUACCUGACCUGGCGCAUGUACCUAACUCGACGCUUAUACCUGAUCCGAUGCAUGUCGUACCUGACCCGACGCAUGUACCUGACCCGACGCAUGCACUUGUCCCGACGAUUGUACCUGACCUGACGCUUGUACCUGACCCGACACUUGUACCUGACCCGAUGCUCGUACCUGACCUGACGCUCGUACUUGACCCAAUGCUCGUGCCUAACCCGACGCUCGUACUUGACCCGACGCUCUUACCUGACUCGAGGCUCGUACCAAACCAGACCCUUGUACCCGACACGAUGCUCGUACCUAUCCUGACACCCGUACCUGACCUGACGCUCGUACCUGACCCGACGCUCGUACCUGACCCGACGUUCAUACUUGACCCGACGAUCGUACUUAACCCGAUGCUUGUACUUGACCCGACGCUCGUACCUGACUCGAGGCGCGUACCUAUCCCGACGCUUGUACCUGACCAGAUGCUCGUACCUAUCCCAACACCCGUAGCUGACCUGACGCUCGUACCUGACCCGAUGUUUGUACCUAACCCGAAGCUUGUACCUGACCCAAUACUUGUACCUGACUCGAUGGUUGUAUCUGACCCGACGCAUGCACCUGACCCGACGCUCGUACCUGACUCAACGCAUGUACCUGACACGAUGCUUGUACCUGACCCGACGCUUGUACCUGACCCGACGCUAGUACCUGAACUGACGCUCAUAUCUAAACCGAAGGUCGUACCUGACCUGAUGCUCGUACCUACCCGACGGUCGUACCUAACCCGACGCUCAUACCCGACCCGACGCUCGUACCUGACCCAACGGUUGUAUCUGACACGACGGAAGUACCUGACCCGACGCUUGUACUUAACAAUACGCAUCUACCUGACUCGUCGCAUGUACCUGACACGACGCUCGUACAUGACCCGACGCUCGUACCUGACCCUACGCUAG